CUAUAUACGACGCAUUGCUCAUCAGCCACCAACAUUGGCCGAAUCCCCACGGUUCUUGUAUUAUAAUCACCUAUCGCACCUUUAGAACAUGUAGGUUUUUCUUGAUUAAUCUCCUUAUCCUCAGUCUACAAGAUGCAUUGUAUAGUUUCCGUCUUAGCGCUGGCAGCGCUCCAAGUUGGAGCGCAAACUACGGAACCCACCUUCCAAGCCAACAAUGUGGGCGGAGGUGGAAGGGUUUCAAAAGAGUCGCCUCAUUUCCGAAUAUUUGGUGCGUCUUCCACCCAGGCCGAUGCGGCAGUCCGAGAACUGGAAGUUGCCUAUACCUGUUUCAUUGGGGACUUAGGCUGGCGGUCGACUGGACUCUCCUUCAACGAUGCGUCAAACCGUGGACCGUACUCUAAGAUGAACAUCUAUGGGGUUUCUUCUCUUGGCGCCGCCGCCGGUCAAAUGUUCUCGGACCCUCGUACCGGAUACAGCUACCUCAAAGUUGUCACACGGUAUAUUGCGGAUCCGGCUGUCACGGUUCACGAAUUUGGACACGCUCUAGCAUACCAUGAGAAGAAUUGGGUCGAUCAACAGCGAACCGGUGCUUGGUGGGAACCCAUGGCAAAUUGGGUAGCCGAUACUUUCAUGACAUCCCCGCUUUGCGCCAAAGCCAGGGCGCAAUACAACCAGCCUGAAGGCCGCACACAAAUUGAUUUGAACAAGGUCAUCGGCUCCUCCCAUCAAACCAUUGUUGAUGCAUCAACGGGAUCCGGCAACUAUUAUCAAUCAUGGCCAUUGCUCACGUACGUGACCAACAACCCCGACAAGUAUCCCAAUCUCGGACCGACGACUGUACGAGAGAUGAUGAGGCAGUACAAGCAAAAAAGCAACGAAACGCCACUUCAUGCUCUGGAACGGGUUGCGCAAUCGACGCCUAUUCAAACAAUUAUCGGACGAUACUGGGCUAGAAUGGCGUACGUGGACAUCGGCCAUACCCAAGCACAGCAACUUUUCCAACAGCUGAAGACCCGAAUUAACUACUCGAAUCUCGAUUCCACUGGAAGUGGGACGUAUCGAGUUAAACGGAAUCGAAGGCCCCUGUAUAUGGGAGCGAGCAUAAUCCCAUUGAAAGGUACUGGUGCAGUUACGGCGAAAGUCACGGCCAAUGCUCCUUUUACUGCAACCUUGGCGAUUCGAUCUCAAAACGGAAGCGUGCGCUAUGUGGAUUUGGCCAAUGGCGCCGGCGAGGCAACCCGAGCAAGUGGUGAGGAGGCGACCUUGGUUAUUGCGAAUACUCCAUCCAGCCUGGCUUUGUAUGAUGCAUUUUCUAUCACCGGUGUUGUUGCCCAAGGCUUGGAUUAUCAGGUUCAACUAACCGGUGCAACUCCAUGAGCUUGUUAAGAUAUCUUGAGAAUCCUUCGGGG